GCCUUGCGGAUAAACCCAACGCAAACUACCGGACCAAAGCAACUCAACCUGGGUGCUUCGCUGUCCGAGAGCAAAACCUUGCGGGUGCUGGCCUUGCGGAUAAACGCAACACAAACUACCGGCCCAAGGCAGCUCCGCCUGGGUGCUUCGCUGUCCGAGAGCAAAACCUUGCGGGUGCUGGCCUUGCGGAUAAACGCCACGCAACCUACCAACCCAAAGCAGCUCCGCCUGGGUGCUUCGCUGUCCGAGAGCAAAACCUUGCGGGUGCUGGCCUUGCGGAUAAACGCCACGCAACCUACCAACCCAAAGCAGCUCCGCCUGGGUGCUUCGCUGUCCGAG